AUGGUAUUAACACACAGAUCCCAGUCGCACGACGACUUCCCCACAGCUCAACUCUUUCUCCUCGCAAUAUGUCGCGUCGCAGAGCCAAUCGCCUUGACAUCCAUCUUCCCCUACUCAUGGGUGAUGGUCAAAGACUUCCAUGUGGAUGAUGAGAAUGCCUCUUUCUACGCUGGUGUCUUGAUCUCCGCAUUCUCGCUCGCCGAAGCGCUCACCGGUAUGUUCUGGGGCGGGCUAUCGGAUCGCAUAGGUCGCAAACCCGUCCUGCUCUCUGGGUGCAUCGGUACGAUGCUCUCUUUGCUUCUGGUUGGGCUCGCGCCGAACUUCUGGGUUGCGCUCCUUGGUCGUGCUCUGGGUGGGGCCCUGAAUGGUAAUAUCGGGGUCAUCCAGACCAUGGUCGGCGAGCUGGUCAAGCGGCCAGAGCACGAACCUCGCGCAUACACGGUCAUGCCCUUUGUCUGGUCGAUCGGGUCAAUUAUCGGUCCUGCUAUUGGUGGCUUGCUCGCAAAGCCUGCUGAAAGCAAUCCUUCCUUGUUCCCAGUAGACGGUCUCUUUGGGAGGUUCCCUUAUCUUUUACCGAAUCUCGUCUGUUCUGUGCUGCUUCUCUUUAGCAUCAUUGGAAGUUGGCUGUUCCUGCAGGAGACCCACCCAGACAUGCAGCCUGGCGAAGCUCAUGGAUACUUCGACCAUGCGGCCGAACAACCUCUCCUCGUUACCUCCGGUGCGACUGCGAAUGCCGCCGUGGACCUUCGAGCGGAGUCGUAUGGAACCUUCAAUCAGGUGCAUCUGCAUCAAGAUGAACAGUGGAAUGUACAGGCCGAUGGCUCAUCCCCGUCGUGGAAAACAUUGCCCAAGCCCAAGGCUUUCACCUGGCGAGUCAUCAUGCUUGUGCUGGCUUUGACCAUUUUCACAUACCACUCUAUGACAUAUGACCAUCUAUUGCCCAUCUUCUUGCAGGACAAGACCGGAACAGGCUCACACACCUCAUUGUUUGAUAUUCCAGGCGGAGUUGGUCUUUCCACUCGGGCGGUCGGCUUCAUCAUGUCCACCGAUGGAAUCAUUGCCAUUGCCAUCCAGAGCAUCGUCUUCCCUGCACUAGCACAUUACCUCGGAAUCUGGCGACUGUUCAUAAUCGUCACAGUCCUGCACCCAAUUGCCUACUUCAUGGUUCCAUUUUUGGCUUUCUUGCCAACCCAAUUCCUCUAUGGUGGGAUCUAUACCUGCCUAAUCACCCGCAAUAUUCUAUCUAUCAUCGACUACCCCGUGCUUUUGAUCCUUAUCAAGCAAGCCAGUCCUUCAGACUCGGUCAUGGGUAAGAUCAACGGCUUGGCCGCCUCCGCUGGAGCUGUCGCCCGCACUCUCGCGCCUCCAGUUGCUGGUUUCCUUUACAGCAGUGGCUCGAGGGUUGGUUGCACAGCUCUCGCCUGGUGGGGCAGUACUCUCGUCGCUCUGAUCGGAGCUUUGCAGCUGUGGUUCAUUCAGCGGAACAAUCAUUCCUCGGCCACAGUUCAUCCUGCCCCUCCUUUUGAAUACGUUGCUGUUCCGGAGCAGCCCCACAACGACGUCGUUCACAUUGUCGUUGAUGGCGAUGUUUCAGACGAACGAGCUGCGAUAUCCCCGUGA